CAUAUUCAGUGUGGCCAGCUUGUCACCUCCCUCCCUCUUGAGCUUCCCAGACACCAAGUCUGGAAUGAAAAUUCACCUGCCUCUGAGUUGGCCAUCAGUGCGGUGGGGGGGCGGGGGAGGUUUAACUUGGGUUCCCAGGUUGGAAGAUUAUCUCACCCAGCCCAAGCUAUAUAAGCUGAGUGGUGUUGGAGGCGCUGGACAGGGCCAUUUCCAGGGCUUCAUUCCACAGGAGCAAAACAUACAGACACACUCACCGCCACCAGCAUGAUGAUGCUGAAGGUAGAGGAGCUGGUCACUGGGAAGAAAAACAGCAAUGGGGAGGCAGGGGAAUUCCUCCCUGAGGACUUCAGAGAUGGAGAAUAUGAAGCUGCUGUCACUUUGGAGAAACAGGAGGAUCUAAAGACACUCCCCACCCACCAUGUGAGCCUGGGGGAGCAACAGUGGAAAAAUGAGAAGCAGCGAGAGGCAGAGCUGAAAAAGAAAAAACUAGAACAGAGAUCCAAGCUUGAAAAUUUAGAAGACCUUGAACUCAUCAUUCAACUGAAGAAAAAGAAAAAGUACAGGAAAGCUAAAGUUCCAGUUGUGAAGGAACCAGAACCUGAAAUCAUUACAGAACCUGUGGAUGUACCUAGGUUUCUGAAGGCUGCCCUGGAGAAUAAAGUGCCAGUAGUAGAAAAAUUCUUGUCAGAUAAGAACAACCCAGAUGUUUGUGAUGAGUAUAAACGGACUGCUCUUCAUAGAGCAUGCUUGGAAGGACAUUUGGCAAUUGUGGAAAAGCUAAUACAAGCUGGAGCCCAGAUCGAAUUCCGUGAUAUGCUUGAAUCUACAGCCAUCCACUGGGCAUGCCGUGGAGGAAACCUGGAUGUCUUAAAGUUGUUGCUGAACAAAGGUGCCAGAAUUAGUGCCAGAGAUAAGCUGCUCAGCACUGCGCUGCACGUGGCGGUGAGGACCGGCCACUACGAGUGCGCGGAGCACCUCAUCGCCUGUGAGGCAGACCUCAACGCCAAGGACCGGGAAGGAGACACACCCCUGCAUGACGCCGUGAGACUGAAUCGUUACAAGAUGAUCAGGCUGUUGAUCAUGUAUGGUGCUGACCUCAACAUCAAGAACUGUGCUGGGAAGACCCCAAUGGAUCUGGUGCUGCACUGGCAGAAUGGAACCAAAGCAAUAUUUGACAGUCUCAAGGACAGCGCCUACAAAACCUCUCGCAUAGUGACAUUCUAAGAGACCCACACUCUCACACUGGGAGUUCUUCAUUGGCAUUUUGAAAGCAUGGCCCAAAAGCCACUAGCUAGAAAAUCCAGCUUUUAUUCAUCAACUUGUUAUGAAGAUGUCCC